GGGUUGAUAUUGUUUUGAUUGUUCAUUCAAGUUCAAACUUGAAUUUGAUUCAUCUGAUCUAACCAAUGAAAUCAAAAUCGGGAUUCGAUUGCAGUUGCAGGUCUCUCUAUUUGGUGCUUAUUACUUAUUAUUAAGGUUUCUUUCUUCUGUUGAAAUGGUCUUUAGUAAUUAUAGUUCUGCCAAUGAAUCUCAUUGUUUAAUUCUGAUUAUACCUUUCCCGAAAUGCAAUUAGCGUCAAAUGGUGACAAGGAAGAAUGUUCAGAAAGCGAACCCAUCUUGAAUCAUCACCAUCUUCAUUUGCCACCACCCGGAGAAUCCUCCUUUUCCUGUGAAAUUAUUCCUAUUUCUGCUGCUGCUUCCGGCGAUGAUGAUUUACAAAACGUUCGGGUUGAUGAGACUUGUCAUCUCGUAAAUGCAGAUCAGCCACAAUGCCGAAUAUGCCUCGAUAUUGGAGGAGAAGAUUUAAUUGCUCCAUGCCAUUGCAAAGGUACGCAAAAGUACGUCCACAGAUCAUGUCUCGAUAAUUGGAGAUCCACCAAGGAGGGGUUCGCGUUUUCUCACUGUACAGAGUGCAGAGCUGUCUUCAUAUUACGUGCAAAUGUCCCACCAGAUCGGUGGUGGUUGAGAUUAAAAUUUCAGUUCCUUGUUGCUAGAGAUCAUGCAUUCAUUUUCAUAAUUGUUCAGCUGGUUGUUGCUUUCUUGGGAGUGCUUGUGUACAAAUUUUAUGGAGAUGAACUGAGGGAAAUGUUUGGUUAUGAAGAACAUCCAUAUGGAUUUUAUACAAUGGCUGUUCUAGCCAUUGUUUUGGUUGGUUUGCUCUAUGGCUUCUUCAUAGCGAUAAUAUGUGGUCAAAGAAUCAAUGAACGCCACUACCAUGUUCUUGCCAAACAAGAAUUGACUAAGGAAUAUGUGGUUGAAGAUCGAGAACAUGUAAAGAAUGUGCCUGAACUUGACCCCAGCCAUGUGACAGAGCUAAGGAUGUUGGGCCUUUACUAGUUGGAUGCAUCUUCUGCAUAGUCACAUUGAAUUUGUUGUAUUUGCGGCUUGUCUCCAUGGUCCCCUUCACAUUUGUAGAUCACAUUGGUCUGUUCAGAGUGAUGCCCCAUUAAUAUGGCUGUUUGGGCACCAACUGGCAGUGCACAGCCACAUGGGUGUUGUUUAUUGUACUCUAUUUUGAUUCUUUAUUUUUAAUUUAUAUUUUUCUGGCGAAACUUGUGAAAGAAACAUGCAGUUCACCUAGAAAAUUGCUCUUGUGAAUCAAUGUUGUUUGGUGGAGUAUAAAGGAAAAAGGUGCAGAUCCUAUGAACAUGAGAUAUUUUGUAUUUGUAACUUGUAUAAGUCCCUUGAUGUAACUUAUUUUACAAUAUUUUUUUCAUUUCUAUACAAAAUAUUAUAAUCGAAUGUAGAUUUUUCCUUUCCAAAA